AUGAGCCGAACGUCGAUUGCCGCCGCCGCCAAGCUCCAUCGCAGCCGGGCUCUGUCUCCACCCCGCACCCCCUCCCUCCACCCGAACAUCGUCGCCAUGACGUCUCGAGCACUUUUACGACCUGUGCUCAACAGCUUCGCGACGACGAGCACCCGCUCGACCGCUGCAACCUGGUCCUCCUACACCCACGCCAGCACCUCAGCUCCUUCGAGCUUCGCCUCCUGCUCCCGACCAUCCCCACGCUUCGCAUCCUCCACAGCCGGUCGUCCCAAACGAGACGAAACGACGUACGGUAUCCCACCCGAUUCGUCCAAGCCCGGUCAGGGUGUUCGACCGAUCCGGUCCGAGACGGACACGUCGGCGCAUCCGCUUUGGCACUUCUUCCAUGACAAGCAGUCGCUCAUCGCGCCGGACAAGCGCAAGGACAAUACAAGUCAGUUCAACACCAUCACUGCUACAACGGAGUAGGGCUGUUUCAUGCGCACGGCCUGAGUCUUCUGUUUCCUCCCGCGGCGCGGCGCCAGGUCGCUCAUGGACGUCGUUCGAGCUGCGACGAAAGUCGUUCACGGACCUGCACCAACUGUGGUACAUCGCACUGCGGGAGAGGAACACGUUGUUGACCCAACGCGAGGAAGCGACUAGGUUGCGGAUCGACUUGAGCAGCUUCACGAUGCACAGCCAAAAGCUACGCAUGGUACGUCGUCGCAGCAUUCUUCCCAUGGCCGUCUCCUCGGCGCACUCCGUGGCUGACGCUCGGGUACGUCUUCGACGUCGCGCACUCUUCGGAUCUCCAGGUGCAAAAGACGAUGGCGAGGAUCAAGCAGGUCUUGGCCGAACGACGUCGGGCAGCUCUACAAGCCGCGGAGAUUCUUCGCAGUCGCGGCGAGCUCGAACGCGCCGCGGUGCUCGACCGAGAGUCGCAACAGCUGGAAGAAGCCAUCCAGGAGUGA